AUGUUUAAAGGCGGUUGGUUCUCUAGUAGUAGGGCUGCAUCGCCUGCUCCCGCGCCUGCAUUGGCGAGGGACACUGGAUCUUCGAUAUCACUAAAUGGGUUGGAUGAGCAAGCAGAAAUCAUUCUGGUGAUGAGAGGUAUUUACAUUACAGAAAGCCCCGGAUUUAAUGCAAUGGAUCUUGUCAUGAAUGAUAAUCUGGAGGCUGCGGAAGCAGAACUGGAGACUGGCGGGUCAGUUUGGCAUAAGCUGGGCCAAGGUGCUAUAGGUUUCAUAAGAUCAGCCGCAGGCUUCGAACAAGCAGUUAUGAAAGAAGCAUCCGAUAACCUCGCCGCCGCCGAAACAGCUGCCUAUGCUGCCCAACGUCACGCAACCCGCUCCACACGGAGCACAUCAUCCUACCCACCCGGCAUCGAAUUCGCACUCGCCGCCGCAGAAUCCCAAUUAAUGUCUGCCUUAAUCGGUGUACUAUCAGAAUCGAUCAUGGAAGCUAUGAAAUCCUUUUACAAGAUGAGAAAUGCGUUUAAGGCGCUUGAAGGGGUUCAUAAGAGUAUUCAAGAGAUUAAAGCUAAAAGGCUUCUUGCUGCUUCUACUGCGGGUAGUUCUGUCACUGUUGAGACUACCGGAACUGCUACUGGUAGCUUGGGGAGUGAGGAGAGGGGACUUUUGGCGAUUCCCGAUGCUCAUGGUGGUAGCAGUAGUACUGCUGAAGGAAAGGCUGAGCCAGAGUUUAAGAAUGCGGUGGAUGAGUAUAUCGAAAGCGGUGGGAAUCUAUGUUAUGGAACACUAUUGCUGUUUAUCGGAAUGAUCCCGCCGGCAAUGUCGAGGUUGUUGUCGAUAUUGGGAUUUCACGGGGACCGAAAAAAGGGCCUCGAAUGCCUCUGGGAGUCUGCGAACAUGAUGAACUCACAGGGUGCCCUCGCCGCGUUAAUCAUAUUGGUAUACUACCAAAUGCUUCAAUUUUGCGAUAUCGUAGAAACGGAUCCAGAAAAAAAUGGUAUGCCACGGGAAAAGUGUGAGAAGUUGCUGUUCGCAUAUCGAGAUCGAUAUCCGAAUAGUCCGUUGUGGGUACUAGAGCAGGCGAGACUGUGCACACAAAUGAAGGAAGUUGAGAAGGCGAUUGAAUUGUUGGAGUUCCGGAGGAAGCCACAGAUGAAGCAAAUUGAGGCGAUAUGUGUGUUCGAGAAGGCAUUAAAUUUCAUGUGUAUCCACCACUACGAGAAGGCCGCCCAGACGUUCCUUCAACUUAUAGACUUGAACAGUUGGUCAGAUGCCAUGUACUACUACAUAGCAGCUAGUUGUUACGUUGAGCUCUACCGCUCGGCAGUCACCGAGGGAAACACCAAAAAAUCCGAAGAAUGGGGAAAGAAAGCCGAAGAGUUGUUCUUAAAGGUUGCCACCCAUAUUGGUAAGAAGAAAUUUAUGGCGAGAACACUCCCGUUGGAGACGUUUACGGAUCGAAAGGUCAAGAAGUGGCAAAGAUUUGCGAAGGAGAGGAAGUGUACUUUGGUAGAGGCUGUGGGGGUUAGUCCUUUAGAAGAGAUGAUCUAUAUGUGGAAUGGGUUUACUCGCAUGAACGAUGACGCGAUUGCGCAGUCUCUCAGGAAUUUAGAAUGGCAGGCGCCAACGGAGGAAGGGGGGACGCCAAAGUCAUGCAUUACAGAGUUUGAUGAACAGGUGAUACAAUCGUUCUUGAAAGGAGUUGUAGCACGGCACCAGGGCGAAUACGCCAAAUCUAGAGAGAUAUUUGACGGUAUAGCAGCCGUUGAUAAGCUGAAGUUGAAGGAGGAGAACUGGGUCCUCCCCUCGACGCAAUACGAAAUAGCGGUCGUUAUUUGGAACGAAUCCGGUAUGAAAGAAUCAAAGGUAAUACACGAAUACCUGACAAAAUGUGCUUCAUGGGAAACAUACGAGCUAGAUAACCGGUAA